GCUGCUUCAAGAGCAGUUAGUCUACUGCGAACUGUCCAGUACGCCCAUCCGCCAAAUUGUCCAUGUCACUCAAAUCCGGGCCAUCACCAUCAUCAUGCGAAGCAUCAGAUUGAUGCAUAUGCUCAACAUACUCAGCAGCGGACGGGAAGACGCGGGUUUGCCUCUCCUAUAGACCCUGCUCAACAAAAAGAGUAUGCGUUUGAGAUGGCUGCGUCCUCAAUCCGAUUUGGACCCGGCGUCACCCAGGAAGUUGGCAUGGACUUCAAGAAUAUGGGUGCCAAACGUGUCUGCGUCGUGACCGACUCAACUGUCCGCAAACUCACUGCUGUGAAGCAAGUCGAGGAGGCUUUAACGAGAGAAGGCAUCAAAUAUGAGAUAUUCGACAAAGUCCGGGUCGAGCCGAAGGAUAGUUCGUAAGUAACCUCUGGAUUCUGUAAGAUAUGUGACGUCUCGGCUCAACCCAAUUCAGGAUUAAGGAGGCUAUUGCCUUUGCCAAGCCAUAUAAGCCGGACGCAUUCCUGGCAGUUGGAGGGGGUUCAGUCAUCGACACGGCCAAGUUAAUGAAUCUCUAUACUGAGUACCCCGACGCCGAUUUCCUAGAUUUCGUCAACGCCCCGCUGGGUAAUGGACGGCCGAUCGAGAAGAAACUCAAGCCCCUUGUCGCCAUCCCCACGACGGCCGGCACCGGUAGCGAGACUACCGGAACGGCAAUCUUCGAUCUAGUGGCGAAGAGGGCCAAGACCGGAAUCGCGCACCGUAAUUUAAAGCCUACCCUCGGCAUUUGCGAUCCGCUCAACACGAGAACAAUGCCGGCGGCGGUGAAGGCGAGCUCCGGAUUAGAUGUUCUAUGUCAUUCGCUUGAAUCCUGGACAGCCAUUCCCUUCAACGAGAGGGUACCCAGACCGACUAACCCGAUCCUGAGGCCCGCUUACCAAGGUGCAAAUCCAAUCAGCGACAUAUUCUCCCUAAAUGCUCUUCGUAGUACAGUGAAGUAUCUUCCAAGAUCCGUCAAGGACCCCGAAGAUCACGAGGCCCAGAGCGAGAUGCUACUCGCUGCCACGCUAGCCGGCGUUGGUUUCGGCAACGCGGGGGUUCAUCUCUGCCAUGGCAUGUCGUAUCCCAUCUCCGGCCAAAACCCGGGCUACAAGCACGCGGGCUACGACGUCACAACUCCCAUCAUCCCCCACGGCGUCUCGGUCGCCGUAUCUGCUCCCGCCAUCUUCCGGUUCACCGGGCCCUCGAAUCCCGACCGCCACCUCGCCGCCGCCGAGGCGUUCGGCGUGGAUAUCACGAACGUGAGGCGCGAAGACGCGGGUCGGGUCCUGGGAGACGCCAUCACGAAAUUCCUUGCCGACCUGGGCGACCAGCCCAAAGGGCUAAAGGACCUAGGGUUCGAUUCGAGCCAUAUCGAGGCCUUGGUCGAAGGCACGAUACCCCAGGCCAGGGUCUUGAUGCUGGCGCCCGGUCUGGCGAAGGAGCUGGAGAAGGAGAGGGAUCAGUUGAGGAGAUUGUUUGAAGAAUCUUUGGUGCAUUGAUGGGGGGCUGCUUGUUUAUGUUGUAUAUAAGAGAUUAACUACCUAAGGAAGUGCCUAGAUGGAUGGAUGAUUUAUGUACCUAGAUAGCUUGUGCUCUGAGAUCUUGAGUCCUUCAACGCAUGCAUAGUAGAAUUUCUAUAUUAAGAUGACCUUUCAUAAAGUUGUCAUAGCAAUAAAGUAUCAUUAAAUCAGAUUUUUUGUAAUUGGGUC